CAUCUGCCACUAGAGGGAGCACAGACAACAUCUCCAUAGAAACAGACUCGCUUUGCGACACUUCUACAUCCUUUGCGACGUGUUUAUGUAGUUUACGGCAAGUGCUUCGCCUGGAGAGAGUGUUUUGAUCGUGACGCUCGUCAGUGUGAGUUAUUAAAGCCUUUGACAGACUAACGAUCAUUAAAUGCUGAUGUUGAGGGCAGCAGCUCACUGCGGGAGAUGGACAGCUGUCAAUCAAAUCAUCCGGAAGAACUCAGAUAUGGCUGAGUUUCGUGAGAUCUUCUCAAAGGCUCGACACAUCGCCGUCAUCACAGGAGCAGGAGUCAGUGCAGAGAGCGGCGUACCGACCAUCAGAGGAGCCGAGGGACGCUGGAGGACCUGGAAAACACAGGAUCUGGCCACGCCGGAGUGUUUCUCUCGUCACCCCAGCCGCGUCUGGGAGUUCUACCAGUACCGCCGAGAGCUGACCCUGAACGCCCCGCCCAGCGCCGCGCACAGAGCCAUCGCCGAGUGUGAGACGCGUCUCAGCAGACAGGGACGCUCGCUGGUGGUGAUCACGCAGAACAUCGACGAGCUCCACCAGCGCGCCGGGUCCAGACACGUGCUGGAGGUCCACGGAAAUCUGUUUCAGACCAGAUGUUUGAGCUGUGGAGAUGUGGAGAUCAAUCACAAGAGCCCCAUCUGUCCAUCGCUGGAGGGAAAAGGAUCUCCUGAUCCUGACGCCCCUGACGCGCUCAUACCUGUCAAAGACCUGCCCAGGUGUGAUGAGAACGGCUGUGACGGACUGCUGCGGCCGCAUGUGAUCUGGUUUGGAGAGACUCUGGACUCUCAGAUCCUCACUAAAGUGGAGAAGGAGCUGGAGACGUGUGACCUCUGUCUGGUGGUCGGCACGUCCUCCGUCGUUUACCCAGCAGCCAUGUUUGGUCCUCAGGUGGCGGCCCGUGGCGUUCCAGUGGCCGAAUUCAACACUAAGACCACAGCAAACACACCGCGCUUCAAGUUUCAUUUCCCGGGCCGCUGUGCAGAGACUCUUCCUGAGGCUCUGGCCCGACACGAGUCUGAAGUCAUCUGAUGCUCAGAGCUCUGGAUCGGCUGGAGCUGAACCUGAAUGAAAACAGUGCAUACAAUAGUAAAACAGAUUCAUUCCUCUGCUUUUGAAAUAUGAAUAUAUAAACUGGAAGUAGGCCAAAGUAUAAUCACACAGAAGCUAAUGUUGCUGGAGUGUAUAUUUGUGUUUUCCAUGUGCCUUAACUUUCUCAAAGAGUUCCAUACAUAAGUCACUGCCAGUGUUCUUCAGUUCAUCUGCUUCAUUAAUGUGGGAUAAAGCAACAUAAUAUUCCAGUUUACAAAGAGAAGUGCCUGCCGUGUGUUCGUGUGUGUAUCAUGUAUGUGGAUGUCGUGCUGUACUCUGACGCACCACUAGAGGGACAGCAGUGACCUCCAGCAGCAUUUGCCUUCAUAUCAGUUUCAGCAUUAAAUACCAAUGAAUAAAAGCGUUUUUCACA